AUGGCGGCGACUGAGCAUUUGCUUAGGCAGGGCUCGUUCCCGGCGUUCUUUGGUAUUGUUGCCAUUGCUACUCUUGUCAUUCGAUAUCUCUAUCCGGACCUGUUCUCUCAAAGUCCUAUCUCAAAGCUACCAUAUGUUGGGACACAUGUCGGCUUGCCAAUACAGAAGAAGAUUUCAUUCAUGACGAAUGCGCGGAAGCUGCUUCGAGAUGGCUAUAGGAAGUUUCACAUCUACCGUACCGAGACCGCACUGGGUCAGUGCGUGUUCCUGUCGAGAGACUCAAUGGUGGAACUCCUGAAAAAGCCGGAUGAGGUAAUCAACUUUGAGAAGGUCGUCAUAAAGGACUUCGAAUGCAAACUCACGAAGCUUGCUUCAUCUGAGCCCAUUGUUCCGCACACCAUCCGAUCCGAUCUUACCCCGGGAUUAGUUCGAAUCAUUCCCCGUGUCGCCAUCGAAGUGGCCCGGACCAUUGACAACGAGCUUCCCGCUACCGAUUCGUGGACCGCCCACAAUAUCUACGACAAGCUUCUCCGCAUCGUCGCCAUUUCCGCCGGCUCCGCAUUCCUCGGCCCCGAGAGCUGCCACAGCGAAGAAUGGAUCCAGUCCGCGGUCGGAUACACGAUCGAUGUCGUCACCGGCGCCGUCAUUCUCAAGCUGUUCCCGUCCUUUCUGCGCCCACUGGCGGCCAAGUUCGUCCCGGCGAUCAAGCGGGUGGAUCGGCAUCGAGCGGGGAUCAGUCGGAUGAUGGUGCCAAUCAUUAGAGAACGGAAAGAGAAGGCGAAUACCCCUGGCUAUGAGAAGCCGGAUGAUAUGCUGCAAUGGAUGCUGGAUAAGGCCCCUGAAUAUGGUAUCGAGAACGAUGAAGAAAUGGCAUAUGUUCAGCUAGGAGUCGGGCUGGUGUCGAUCCAUAGUACGACUUCGACUGCAACUCAAGCGUUAUACGAUCUCGCCGCCCGUCCCGAAUAUUUCCAGCCACUCCGAGACGAAAUCGCAAAAGCUCUACAGGAGAGUGGCGGUGACUUCACGAAAGACAGCCUGUAUAGUUGCAAACUGCUUGACAGCUUUAUGAAGGAAUCUCAACGAAUGAGUCCCAUCUCUAUGGUCAUCGGAAAACGCAUCCUCGAAGAAGACGUACAAUUGUCAAACGGCGUCUUCCUCCCUAAAGGCACUCUUGUCGCCUCGCCAGCAGAAGCAGUCGGCAACGAUCCAGCGCACUUCGAGAACCCUGACGAGUUCGACGGCUACCGUUUCUAUCGGCUACGGCAAAAGGGUGGUCUUCAGGGCAACUUGAACCAAAUGGUCACUGCGAACAAGCAGAAUUUGGCGUUCGGCUACGGAAAGCACGCGUGUCCUGGCCGGUUUUUUGCCGUUGCUGAGAUCAAGCUAAUCGUAGCGCAUAUCCUGCUGAAUUAUGAUAUCGAGCUGGCGGACAAGUCGGUGGGGAGGUAUCCGAAUAAGUUCCAUGGCGAUGCGUGCACGCCUGAUACCUCGAAGCAGUUGCUGUUCCGUAAACGACUGUCUGGGCAGAGUGAGAUAUAACUCCACAUUUGCAAGGGAUCAAAUCAAAAUCCCAUAGAAGUUUACCCUCUUUGUCAGACCAUGUUCCGC